AUGCUGGCCUCCCUUGCCCUCCUCCUGGGGCUGCCCCUCGCCCUCAGCGCCGAGCCCCCCAGCUGCGCCCCGCUCGUCCCGGUCACCCUCGACAAUGACACCAUCCCUAGGAUCCUGGGAGAGUGGAUCUACAUCGUCGGCGCCUCCAGUUACCCGCCUCACCUGGAAGAGCUGAAGGUGCUGAAAUACACGGCUUUUUCCAUCUUUCCUGGCAGCCAUGAGGACGAGCUCAACGUCACCGAAAUCAUGAGAGUGAACGAGACGUGUGUGGUGAGGAACGGCAGCGUGAUCCACGUCUUUCGGCACAACUCCACCCUGGUGCACGUCGAUGACCAGACGACUGCCACGGCUAAACUGAUCCAAAGCGACAAGGACCUGCUGAUCCUGAGACACUUGCACAACAACUACCUGGGUCUGAGCCUCUCGG